GUUAUAUGUAUUGAGAUGUACAUACAAUAGUGUACACACACUUUUUUUUACAGAUAUCAAGCUUCAGUAACACAAAACAAUGUUUGCUAAGAUAUUCGAGUGGUUGGUAUUUCUGGCAAUAAUAAAAGAAUUGUCUUGUGUCUUCUCACUCAAAGAGACUCCCCUGACAGCCACAGAGGGGUCCUGCAUCAAAAUCACCUGCAACGUCAAUAAAAGGGUUGAUGUUGUUGACGCACACUGGUUUUGGAUGAAAAAUGCAACUUGGGAUAAAGGUUCUUUCACCGGCACUGUCAUUUACAGCAGUAAUAACACAUUGCGUUCUGUCAGUCCAGCCUUUGCAGAAAGAGUUUCAUACAUCGGCUCUCCAUUUUCAAGAUGGAAAGAUGAUGGUACACCCUCAAAGGAGUGUAGUAUUAUAAUCUGCAACCUGACCAAAACUGACAGUGGAAACUAUUAUUUUAGAUAUAUAGGGAAGCAAGGGAGAGACACAUGGAUGACUAAACCGCCAUCACGCAUCACGGUUACUGAAAAUCCAUGCCCGAUUACUUUUGAGACACCGCCUGCUGUAAACGAAACUAAUUCGAUAACACUGACAUGCUCUACUUCAAGUUCAUGCACAUCAGAUCUACAAAUUCAUCCUCGAUGUCCAAACUCAAAUAACCAGUCAGAAAAGGAUGAAAAACAGAAAAGAAUCACAGACACUUUCAAAGUCACCUGGCUGGAUGAUGGGAAGGAAUUUUCAUGCCAAACCCAAAAUAACCCAGACAGCUAUUUGAUCCGCAAUAUCAGUGUGACUGUUGAAUAUGCUCCAAAAAACACAUUGGCUGAAAUGAGUCCAAUAAACAUUGUGGAAGGACAAAAUGUGACUCUAAGAUGCUCCGCCAAAGGAAAUCCUGACCCCACCUUUACCUGGUAUAAAAAUGAAAAAGCAGGAGAUGUAAAUGUAAAAAAUUUUGCAGUUUGGGACAUCCCAUCAAUUGGAGAGUCUUGGGGUGGAGAAUACCAAUGUGAAGCCAUAAACAGACAUGGUACAAACAAAUCGGACUUUGUCAAAAUUAAUGUCACAUAUAAGCCUGAAGUUCAGGUUGUGUCCUCAACUUCUGAAGUUAAACAAGGAGAUGAACUGACCUUGACAUGUAAGGUGACAAGAAGCAACCCACAACCCACAACCUAUGUUUGGUCAAAAAAUGGGACAAGUAUUGGGCAGAGGACACAGCUGUAUGUUGUUAAAAGAAUCGAGCCUGAGAACAAAGGCAGCUACACAUGUACAGCCACUAACACUGUGGGGAAUGGAACAUCAGACCCUCUUCAAAUUAUUGUUAAAUACGGCCCGAGGAAGACAACCAUCAGUAACCAUGGUAUAAAAGAGGAUCCAAAUGUGGGAGUCGGUAGCUCCAUUACAUUCCAAUGCAACACUGAUGCCAAUCCUGCACCAACGAGAUACUCCUGGUACCGAUACAACAAGAAUAAACGGAUCGACUCCUUACAGUGGACGUCCAGGACAACUGAUAACAACACACUGUGUUUGAACAAAGUACAGAGAUCAGAUGAAGCAUGUUACAUGUGCAAUGCAACCAACCUCAUCAGUACAGGGGAGGAUAGUGAACCGAAGUGCAUACAAGUAAUGUAUGCUCCCACAUCUGUCAGGCUGUCUAUGGAUGCUGCGGUCAGAGAAGGUCAGCUCAUCACCAUCAACUGCAUUGUUGAAAGCUUUCCACCGUCACAGCUCACCUUGACCAUGACUCCUACAUCAACUCCUCAGCCUUCAGAAAAGCAUUUAUUUGAAGCUGCAAAUGAUUGGCCCCAUAACACUCUUCAACACAAAUUUAAUUUAACUUCAACCCACACAGGCAAUUAUUUUUGCACUGCCACGAACAGUCAAGGCUCAACCAAAAGCAAUCAAACGACGCUGGUUGUGAAAUAUUCUCCAAAAAAUGUGACCAUAAGAGCUGAGCCUGCCCUUACUGUGAAUGAAAACAAGUCGUUGACGCUGCAUUGCAGUGCCAAGUCCCACCCACCAGCAACCUCUUUCACCUGGAUGAAGAUGACUGAUGGAAAGAGUAAAAUCAUCUGGAAGACUCACACCUUCAGUCUGAAGUCUGUCAGUUAUUCAGACAGCGGACUGUACAGAUGUACAGCCUGUAACGAAAUUGGAGCUGGAGACUCAAUGCAGGCUGAUGUUAAAGUAAACUAUGCUCCAAAACACACAAAGAUACUGAGAGCAGAAGACGGGACUCACUCUGUGGCGCUGAGCUGCAGCAGUCACAGCUAUCCCCCAGUUAUACAAUAUGUAUGGUACAAGGAGAACACGGGAGAAAAGGACGUCAAAGUGCAUGACCGUCAGAACUACACUGUGUAUUCAGAUCAACCUGGAGUCUACUACUGCACCGCGAAAAAUAAAAUAAAUCCGAUUCAGUCCUCUGAAAAGAUCCAUCUGUUUGACCAAAGCUGGAUGAAGGUCCUGUUUAGGUCCUUUCUUUUCUUUAUAACCCUGAUCCUAAUUUUGACAAUUUUCUUCGUCUACAGAAAAAAGAGGAAGACAUCAAUUCAACAAGGAUCUACAAACACACUGCCCUGUAUUGGGUUUCUGGGAUGGCGGAUGGGCCCCAGGGUGAGAAAUCGGAUAAACGAGCCCCGCCUGGCGGAGCCUUCCAGGAGCAGAGAUGACUUACUGCCAGAACAGCCGCGCCGUCCAAAGGCCCAACGGUGCCAGCCGAGCCCAGACUGCGCUGUUUACAGUCUUCUGAAUCUGCCCUCCGAACAAUCUGAAUCUGCUCAGCGUCCUUUUGCACAAAGGCCAAUCCGACAGCAAGGUGGACACACACAAGAUGAUUCUCUCAACUACGCGUCUUUGCACUUUGGAAAUAAGCAACAAAACAAACAGGCAGAAGAGGAAGUAUAUGCUAUUGUAUCCAAAGACAAAAAGAAUGAAAAGAGGCUCCAGGACUACGAGAACAUCAGCACAGCACACUCAGCCAUAUCUCCGAAUCCAUUGACUGAUGACACAGACACCAGUGAGGAUGAAUUAGAGAUCAAUUAUUCACAGGUGAACUUCAAGGCAAAGACUUAGAGAGCCGCCAGAGACUUGAUCAACUCUGAUGAAGAGGAGACGCAGUACUCUCACGUCAACAUCUGAGUUUACAUUAUCUUCCAAAGCGUUUGACACCGUUGAUCAUCGCAUCUUAAAGCAGAGGCUACUCAGUAUUGUAUUGGCAUAUCCAUCCAUG